AUGGCGUCUGUGUCUGUUAAUUCCACACAAAUCCAUGACAUGUUCGUGACGGAAUGGAAAUACCUUGCUGCUCCUUUCAUCAUUGAGACGUUUUCCUUCGGUGAGCUGUCGACUCAAGCUUUGCAGAUGGUAGCGCUUACAUACGCUUCCGUGAGGCGUCGCCAUUACCUCAACUCUAACUUGGGGGUAUUGGCUCCUGUGAUUGACAAGCAUCUACUUGGCCAGCACAUGGGGUUGCUCCAGUCUCGUCUGGCUAUCCCAAAGCUUCAACUGGUUCUUGUAAUGGGAGGAUGCGGCCUUAUUACUCUCCAGGCUCUUGGUAUCAUGAAAACAGCCCCCCUCCCUAGCAUGUUAGCGAUAAGCCUCAAUAUACCUGGAGUUUAUCUCCCAUUCAUCACCGAGACCGCAUUAUUUGGUCUCAUCAUCAUCACAAUCAAUGUCGUUAUAAGCGAUUCUGUCGUGUUGUGGCGCAUGUGGAUUAUUUGGAAUAGAAAGCGGAAUAUAUUCAUUCUAUCGGUAAUCUUGCUCUUCCUGACAAUAGGAUCAUCCAUCGCAAACAUCGCUCUCACUCGAGCCUCUGGAGACACUCGUCAUGGGGAAUUCAUAGCCCUUCCUACAUUCAGCUAUAAUACAUGGGGCCUGGUGACUAGUGCUUCGUCAACUGCGUCCAACAUGAUAGCUACCUGCUUGAUUGCAUAUAAGGGAUGGAGGCAUCGGGCAACGAUUACCGCGAGUCUCAGGAAUGGUACUCGUCGCACUCAGGCUGAGAGAACAAUGAGUAUUCUGGUUGAAUCGGGCGCCAUUUACUGUAUUGUUUGGGUUGCCAUCUCGGUCCUAGAGACUCCCCGCCUCAUUGAUCAUGUUGGUACCGCGAUGGCGCAAAUCACGGCAAUCUAUCCUCUGCUGAUCUUGAUCCUCGUCGCCUUGGAACAGAUACGGAAGCGGAAUGUAACGAUUGGGAAACUACCGAUUCCAACAGAACCAGCACAUGCGAAGAACCAAAACACGACGCUUGAGGUAGGGCACACCAAGGCCGGACAAUGGCAGCUCGGUGAUACAGUUUUGACGCGACCCGAUAAGACCUACAUGUAUAUUUGCGGACAGGACAUUGACACAGUAGCAUAUCUACUUCGUCUCCAUGCAGUUCAUUGGGUACGGCAACACAACUCGUCCUCAGAGCAGGAUCAAGCUUGA